AGGUCGAGCAGGCCGGACCGGAAGGGCAUUACGGUCACUUCGCUCCGCCCCGCUCGGUCGCUGCUCCCGCUCCUCAUUUUGAAAGAAGAGUGCACAUUGCCCAUCUCCUCGCCGAUCUAGGGUUCCGGUGCUCGAAAUCGCCAUGUAUGGCCGCUGAGAACGAGCGCCCCGACCUCGAAGAUCCCUUCGCGGACUGCUCCGUCCUCUCUCUCCUCCCUCGAAACCUUGGAGCUCAUCUCUAUGCCUCGGAGGCGCAGGAAGAGGAGGCGAUCCGAAAUCUCUUCAAAUCCAUGUCUUUCAUACAAGACCAGGCAUUGAAGGGCUCAAAGGAGUUUCUGGAACAGGCACAACAAAUCAAGAAGAGUUGUUCCAACUUUCCAAGUCCACAUCCUGAGGAUGGAGACAAAGCCAUUGCUGCAGACGGCAAGGACCGUCCCCAAGGACGAAGACCAGCAUUGGGUCGCAAACGGGCUCAGUUUUCUUUAAAGCUCAACUCAAGUCAUUCUGUACCAAAAAUGGACUCUGAUUCUGGUAUAGAUCACAUCGAAGACCCAGAGGAGUAUUUCUUGGCCUUUGAGCAGCUUGAAAAUGCUGAUAAAGAGUUGAAGAAACUAAGGGGAGAGGUGUCUACUGAUCCGCUCGAGCAUCACCAGUCCCCAACAGCUCGGAAACGCCGUCCUGGAAUUUUGGGGAAGACAGCAAGCUAUAAACAUCAUUUUCCUGCUAAAGUUGAUACUGCCGAGGUCUUCAUGGAAUCGCAAGAAGAAAUUUCUGAUAAAAAAACUUUUAGCCCAUCCAACACUUCGAUUAUUGCUGCUUCAAGUAAUAUUUUGCGUCCUAGAACAGUUGACCAACCUGAGACUUCACAAUCCAGGAAAACAAAUAGUGAACUCCUUGAUGCUGUAGAAAGACAAGGUUCUGUGACUGACAGGGUGAAAAAGGUCAAUGAUCUUUUAGAUAAAUUGUUGAUUUCAUUUAAAGAUUUGGAUGAAGCUGAAGGGGUAACUCUGUUGCGGGAGAGCUUGCAUAUCAAGUCAAUUAAUGUAGGCAAAGUGCAUCUCCCUGAGUUGCAGACUGUUCAGAAGAAUGCCGUUAGAACACUCAAAGGUAGAGUGAUGAGAAAGGAGUUAGAGGGCUGCCAAUUUCCACAAAAUUCAUCAACCAUAGCAAGAAGUCCACUUGCUGCAAUUUCAACCUUGCAGAGGUGCAUAUCGCUGAACGAUCCAUUGGAAGAUCCAUACUCAGUGCCUCCUAUUGAUGAUGCACCGAUUUCCAGAUAUUCUUCUAGAAGUAAAGGCGAAGAUGAGAACUAUCUUUCACCUCCUGCUGACAUUGGCCAUCACGAUAGGAAUGAUUCAAUUGCUGGUGAUGCUUCCAGUCCAGUGAUGGUAAAUGGCAAAAGAUUGAGUUUGGUGGAUAAAUUGAACACACCGGUUUGUCGAGCAGAUAGAACUAUUGACAGUAAGAUUACAACAGAAGAAGAGCUAAGAGAAUAUUCCCCAUGCUUGCUUGAAAAUACCAUGGAGCAAAGCAACAAUAAAUUUGAUAAGGGCAAAGAUGCAUCUGCUGGACUUGAUGGCCAUAUGGAAGAGGAGGGCGAUGAUAUGCAGCUGGAUGUUUUAAUCUCUGAUCAGCCAGAUACUGGAGUUGAAGAUCCAACUUCUGGUUGUAGGGUUCCCAUUGGAACAGAAGGCUUGGCUCGCCCAUAUGAUGAGGCGGCCAUUCCAGCACAAGAAGUGGUAGUUGAUGUGGGGGCUUCUAAAGAUAACUCCAAUCUUCCGACGACAGUCCUUCCAAUGGAUGUGCAAUCAGAAAAGGCACAUGGCUUGCCAGAAGAAAAUAAUGAGAGACAGGGUCUUCAGGGAACUUCUGGUGCACCUCAGAACAAAGAAAGGAGUAAAAUAGCAUCAAGACAAAAACAAAACAGGAAAAAAUUGGCUUCAAGAAGACAAAGCCUUGCAGAUGCUGGGAUGACAUGGAAAUCCGGCGUAAGGCGAAGCACCAGAAUUAGGUCAAGGCCUCUGCAGUAUUGGCUCGGGGAAAGAUUCUUAUAUGGGCGUAUAAAUGACAGCUUGGCAACUGUCAUUGGGGUGAAGUACAAUUCUCCAAGUAACCCAGCGCUGAAGGUUAAGUCAUUUGUCUCGGAGGAAUAUGCAGACCUCGUAGCUCAAGCAGGACUCCAUUGAGCUGCUACUUUUCUGUGUCCGCUUUAUGACUUAGUUAUUCUAGUUUGCUCCUCACCCUAAUGACCUGUCUAUAUGUCACUGAGGUGUCGUCUAAAGGGUUCAGAUAGGUUGUAGUUCAAUUUUGAACUUGGCUGGCAAAGGUAUAUUGAGCUCUGAGCUAAAUGUCAAGUCUCUUGUAACUUGGAAGGUAUCAUUAUUGCAUUGAUGUUCUUUCUGCUUC